AAACACGGCCCUUGCUGUACAAACUAAUCUCUCUCUCUCUCUCUUUCUUUUUUUUCUUUUUUUUUGUUGCUUUCAAUGAACCCAGAAAAAAAACGAGCACAUCAUAUAUCUGCCCCUCUACCGCCACAUUUUCAAGGAUUUAACCAGUCCACUUCAGACUCGUUGUUUGAAGAUUAUCCACCACCUCCUGCUUAUCAACCACCUCAAUUCAACGAGGGCUCUAUUCCCCAUAGCAAGAGUGCUCAUUACCCUAUGAGCCAAUUCUAUUUACCGCAACCUGCACCACAGACUGUGGUUGUGUAUCGACAACCAGCAAAAUCAAAAGAUGCUUGUUGUUGGGGAUGUCUAGCAGCCAUUUGUCUAUGCUUUGGCGCAAAAGAAUGCUGUCUUUAACCAGAGCCAUGUAGAUUAUCUAUGUAUACCCUUUCUUUUUUUUUAUAUUUAUAAUGUUGUACAAAACCAUAUCCAAAAUAAACUCCGUAGCUUUCAUAUUCUGUGUACUUGCCCUUAAAAGCAAGUAUAUUAAAUACUUGUAAAUGAGACAAAAAAAAAA